AUGCCCGCCCUCGUGCUCAUCCUCCUCGCCAUCGCCUGCGGCGCGGCGUGGGCCACCUGCCUCGCCGCCGCCACGGCGCGCCUCACCGGCACGGCGGCGGCGCCUGCCGGCUUCUUCGCGAGCGCUUUCUCCCUGCUCGGCAUUCUUCUCUGCUUGGCCACCGUCUCUGGCGGCUUGGUCACCGCCGCUGGCGGCGCCGCGCUUGCUGCAUCCUCAACUGCGCUGCCAUACGCCAUGGGCGCAUUAAUGGCCUACGACCCCCUGGACCACGAGGAGGUCCUCAAUGAGAUCCACACGAAAUCGCGCAAGCUACGAAUAUCGCCAAGCACAUCUCCAUGCCACUGCCCCAAAGGCUGCGUGCCGUGGUUCAUGGCCAUUGGUGCGAGAUACAUGUAUCGAGAUGCCAUCAAAGCCAGUAUGGCUUACGUCAUAGCAGCAGUGGGCUCGCAACGCAAGGCAGCGCCUUCACUCCUGCCUCAUCUCAUCUACGAUGGCGAGCCAACAAACGUCACGGCCUGGUUGCAAGGGCAAGGGGUGGAGGUCAUAUAUCAUGAGCUGAGCUUCCUGGACAAGUUGUCGCCAGCGUCGCAGCACAGCCCCAGCGUUGGCGCCUACCUGCGGCUCGAUCUCACAGUCAACGACACCGGACCGCUUGGCGCGCAUCUACGUGGCGAGAAGAGCAGAUGCCAAUCUACAGUGUCCUACAAGCAGGUACUGUACACAGACACGGAUGUCUUGUUCUUGGGGGACAUUGGCCAGCAGAAUCUCAUUCGGCCUCGGAAGGGGGGGCUGUUUGCCAUGGGUUCUGAAGCCGUGAGAGGCUCCGCUCCCAGCAACUCCGGGGUGAUGGUGAUGGACGUGGAGCGGUUCUCGCAAAAGCGCGACGCACUUUUGCGCUUUGGGGUGGAGCACAAGUUUCACUUUCCGGCCUUAGACCAGGGUCUCCUCCUGAAGUUUUUCGAGGGAUCAAUCGACAAGCUACCCGAUGAGUGGAACUGGAAGGCGUACUGGGGCUGGCAAAAGAAGAAGAAGACAAACAUACGCAUCGCCCAUUUCCAUGGCCCGAAGCCAAGGGGGGUUUAUGGGUGGUAUUGCCUAUGCAAAUACAAGGCCUACUCUCCGGGGGAGCGCGGCCAAAGGAGACGGUUCAAAGCGUACAAAGAACUCCUUGACCAAAGCCUCUCAGCAGACGGGGGAGCACUCGCCUUUUACCUGCUCCUGGUGUGGACAAACUACUUGAGGCUGUCUGGGCAAUAUCCUUCCGACCCGAGAUUGGGCUCCGAUCAAGCAAUGUUGCGGUCCUGCCUGCUCAACAGCAAGAUGGAUCGGUGGCCACCGGGCCUAAGGGAUGAACUAGCUGCCCACUUGUUGAAGGAUGAGGAGUUGUGGGACUCCCUGGCAAAAGCCGUUCCAGUGGGGCUUUUGGAAAAGUUCUAA